AUGCAGCACCUGGUUGCGAUCGUUGCCAGCCAGAGCCCGCCGGCCAGCGUCGUGCUCACAAGCACGUGGUGCCUGCGUCGACGCAGCUCUCAAGCAUCGUGGAGUGUCGCCCGUGCUACUGACGUCUUGCCGCGGGCGCAUGCAGCCAGCAGCUGCCAAGGCGAGAUCUGCCACUGGCUGCGCAUCUAA